AUGCCACCAACGAGUCGGUCCAGCUCUAUCACUUGGCCAAGUUUCUCGUUGGUUCCAAUGUGCAAUUUCAUUUUGGAGAGAUCUAAAGGCUCUGGCUCAUGGAAGACGCUGUCCUUUUCUGAUGCGGCAAGACAGCAUUUUUUCUCUCUCCAGCGGCCAGGCUUCUGGGCAUGGUGGACGCACAAUCUUCCAGACGGCAGUUCCAAUCUUACUGGCCCUCGCAGAGCUGGUGAUGAUGGGAGUGGCCAUCGUUGGGCGCCACCUUCUUGGCUCUGUCUCGUGGAGGCCGCCGGCAUCUAUUGGCGAUUCUUCUCAGCUCCGCUCGAAAGGCCAGAGCCAGCCUCUCGAAUCCUAGAGCUCCCUCCCGCGCAAAUGGGGGUUUACGUCUUGAGUACCAUCGCCAUUGCCAUCGCGAUCUUUCUCUGGAAGUUGAGCGUUCGCCCAAAGCUUCGGCUGCCCCCGUCUCCAUUGGGGAUUCCGCUCAUCGGACACUUGGCUCAUCUCGCUGGGAAGGACGCCCACAUCACUCUCCAGAGGCUCUCCAACAAGCUGGGACCGAUCCUCUUCUUGAGGCUGGGAUGGACCCGUGCGAUCGUCGUGUCGAGCGCGGAGAUGGCGAGGGAGGUUCUCCACACGCAAGACGUGGCGUUUGCUUCCAGGCCCUACAUGGUUGCUGGAGAGCAUCUGGGCUACAACUUCCGGAUCGUGGGGAUCGCCCCAUACGGCGAGCACUGGAGGAACAUGAGGAAGCUGUGCACGCUCCAGCUCUUCACAAGCAAGCGCAUGGCUUCGUUUGCGAGCGUGAGGGCCGCCGAGGUCUCGCUUUUGUUGUCCGCAGUGGCUCGCGAGAGCUCGGACAACGGCGUCGUGGACGUGAGGAAGCUCGUCUCCAUCUUCAUCUUCAACAUCAUCACACAGAUCCUGAUGAGCAAGAGGUUUCUCGGGACCGGCGAUUGCAAAGAGUCGAGAGAGUUUAAAGAGAUAGUUGUCGGCAUCGUUGACGUCACUCUGCAGUUCCACAUCGCGGACUUUGUGCCCAAGAGACUGCGAUGGAUCGACUGGACAGUCCCACAGCUCAAGAGGCUGGCCGCGAAGAUGGACAAGUUCUUCCAGAGAAUAGUUGACGAGCACAAAGCCGCGCGUUUGCAGGCCAACGCGGUGGAAGACUUCACACACAUCAUGCUCACGAACUACGCAGACGACGAAGAGCUUGUCAAAGCAAUGGUGCAAGAGAUGCUCAAUGGUGGCACCCACACCACCUCCGCGACGAUCGAGUGGGCUGUCACGGAGACGAUCCGCCACCCAAGAAUAUUGGAGAAGGCCCAGCAAGAACUCGAGGCAGUCGUGGGUUUGCACCGACGAGUGGAGGAAUCCGAUCUGGAGAAGCUCCCAUACCUCCAAUGCAUCGUCAAGGAGACGCUCCGGCGACACCCUCCAGCCCCGCUGCUCGUCCCUCACAUGUCCACACAGGCAUGCAAAGUUGGUGGCUAUGACGUACCCAAAGGCACCACCCUCUUUGUCAACGCUUACGCAAUCGGGAUGGACCCAAGCUACUGGGAGAAUCCACUCGAGUUUCUCCCGGAGAGAUUCGCCGGGACGGCCGUGGACGUCCGGGGCCAGGAUUUCGAGCUUCUUCCAUUUGGAUCUGGGCGGAGGUCGUGCCCGGCCAUGACGAUGGGUCUCAAGACGGCUCAGUUCGCGGUCUCGAGCUUGAUCCAUGCGUUCGACUGGAGCGCAGAAAUCCCGAGAGCUGUCAAGGAUCUCACGAUCGAUGAAGGCUUUUGCUCUCUUCUCUGGCCAGAGACCCCACUGCUCAAGGCUGUUGCUACUCCAAAACUCUCCAAAGAUGCAUACUAGUCGCCUGUGACUUUGCGAGCCUUCAUAUGUGCCAUCUACAUGAAAUAAAAAGUUACCACUUCAACUUGAAACGAGAAAGACAAUAAAAAUCAAAACUUGAUUCACGACUGCGCUUAUAUACUCACUUCUUGAAGACCCAGGCUUCUCUCGCGUUCCUCGGUGCAGGCCCGCGAGAGCUCGUCGUGGACAUGAGGAAGCUCGUAUCGAUCUACAUCUUCAACAUCAUCACACAUAUCUUGGUGUUUCUCAGGACUGGCGAUUGCGAGAGUUCAAAGAGAUCGUUGCCGGCAUCGUUGACGUUGCUCUCUUCCACAUGGCAGACUUCUUGCCGGAGGC